AUGGCAACCCCAACGACAGCUCCGAUUCAGACACUGUUGAAUGGACCAGCCGGGACACCUCCUGCUGGAGUAGUGCCAAACUUCCAGGAUCCACCGAAUCUCAAUGCUUUCCUCAUUUUGACACUGACGUUGGUCUUGACUUUCGGGAGUUUAGCUGUUCUUAUGCGCAUGUAUACAAAGUUGUUUAUAAUUCGAUCCGUUGCUUAUGAAGAUUAUGCUGUCAUGCUAGGAUGGUUAAUCCAAAUUGCGGAGACGGUUCCAUCUGCAAUUACCACUAAACAUGGUGGUGGAUGCCAUAUGUGGAACAUACAGCUCAAAACUUUCUUCGAUAUGCUCUACGUAUGA